AUGAAAAAGAAGCAGGAGGACUCCCAAAUAUCAUCCACAUUUGAGAGCUGGAAAACUUGGGAAAGGAGAAACGAGUUUUCUGCAGACAGCCGGUCAAGAAGAGGAUUGCAACGGUCUGUCUUGUUUGUUAUAGACAUGUCGUAUCCGAUGAAUUAUGAAGACUUCCACCCAACGAGGAUAUCAUUCAUCAACACCAAAAUGAAUAACUUCUUCGACAACUUCUUUGUCGAUAACCCACUCUCACAAAUUGGUCUUGUCGCAACACGAAAUAGCACCGCAGACAUCAUUUGCCCACUCACAAGAAACAUUUCUAAGUUGAAGGAAACUGCGUGGGGGAAGUGCAAUGGAUCGAUAUCAGUGCAAAUAUCACUGGAGCUCUGUUUGCAGUUCCUCAAAGAUACCAAAGACAUGACCAGUCGAGAAAUCGUUUUUGUGACUUCUGCAAUAUCAACGUGCGACCCUGGGAACAUAUUCGAGACGAUUGGGAAAGUCAGAGACAACUUGAUCAGAGUCUCUGUUAUCAGCAUUUCCGCAGAAGUCCACGUGAUGCGACAAAUGACGAAAGUCACUGGAGGAGACUACUUCACUAUAAUGAAUGAAAAGCACGCCGAAGAAGUCAUUAAAACGUUCAUCGAACCACCGAGGUAUAAAGCGACUGGCAAGGAGCCCAAAGUCGAGCUCUUGUUUGUAGGCUUUCCAAGAGAACUUGAGCGAUCGACUAUAUGUGAGUGUCACUCCAAAAUUGGGUUGGGGCAUUAUGAAUGCCCUGUUUGUGGGUUUUGCUAUUGCGAACUGCCCGUGGAGUGUAAGGUGUGUAAAGCAAAUUUGAUAUUUUCUCACCACUUUGCACGAUCAUUCCACUUCUUGUUCCCGGUGAAACCAUUUGUGCUUGAAAAGGAGCCUGAAGUGUGUUUCGCGUGUGGUAAAAAGUAUGAGGAAAAGAAGGAUGAGGAAAUGAAGUUCUGGAAAUGCGAGAAAUGCUCGAAGAGUUUCUGCGAAACAUGCAACAUCUUCAUCCAUGAUGUUCUUUUCAACUGCCCGGGAUGUGAAAAUAAUAAGGUUGUAUUAUCUAAUUGA